ACGACCAUCACGUGACAUUCUAUACUUCGGACUUUUUCGCAAUUAUUUCGAUAUUUCUUAUCUACCUGCAUACAUGGCAAUUGUUUAUCAACAAUGUUACAUACAUUACAUGUAUAUGUAGCCUCUCACAAAUGUUGCAAAACAUAAAGUAAUCUGAAAUCCCUGUCAUUCUGUAAAAUCUGAUGGACGACACGUCAUUACUCCAAAAAAGUAAAUAAACAUUGCCAUUGGCCUUAUUGGGUAAAAUGCAAGAAUAGCAAAGUACAACCUCAACUACAUCAUGGCAGUCUGGUUGAAGGUUGCUUUGCUGAUCAUUUACCUGGUGAUACUAUUUGUUGUCACCCGGCUGUUGGAGGCCUUUGUAUGGUGUGACCAGGACCAGAUCUCCAGGCGGCUGCUUGACCCAAUGACCAUUUCUGUGCUUCGAUUAAAGGCCAUCUUAGAACAGCGAGGGGUCAGCUAUGGCCAUCUGGUGGAGAAAACUGAGAUUACAGAACUAGUAGAGGCUACAGGUGCACUGAAUGAGGAGGAGUUGGAGGCUUCCAUGAGCUCGGCAGAUGGGGAGGAGACGGUCAUCACUAACUACACAAGCCAUGUUGACUUCUAUGAACAGGUAGAGGAUGCCAAGGACAGUAUGUGGUUGGUGGAGGUGAUUGCUGAAGACCGAGUGUUGCUCUCCGACACAGGCUGGCUCGCUUUACGUAAGAAGGUCAGCAAGUUUGGGGUCCGCCUUGGUCGUUUGGACUGUCAGCACCAUAUCAGGUUAUGUACAAGAAAGGGCUGGUUUUCCUCCCGAAUUGUACUUGCCUUGCCUGAGAACUACCAGAGUAAAGCCAACGUUGCCCUCUACACCUACCCGGGACAAACAAAAGUCAGCGUGCUAUUUGACUGGAUCAAGACUAAGGUCAACCAACAGAUUCAGACAAUAGAAACUCAAGAAAAACUUGAGGAACAGUGGUUGACUUUUCCAUCUGCCCUAAGUCCUGAUGUUCGUGUGGUUUUUGUUUCUACUUUGACAAGUGUACCCCUAUUCUUGUCUGCACUUAGUGUUAGGUUUCCUGGAAGAGUGAAAAUUGGACAAAUAAAGGCGAAUACUUCAAAGGGAAAACAACUUCUAAAGAAAUUAGAUCUGAAAUCCGAUCCUCGAUAUAUUAUUAUUACGAAGCAGCAAUCUUACAUGUAUGGAAAACAGAGGGGUGAAAUUAUGACGUUCAAAGCUAUGGAAAUGUUUUUAAAGUCGGUCUAUCCAAGCAUGAAUGAUAUCUUUAUAGUUAGCAUUAUCUUGACAAAUAUUGCUGGAUGUUUUGAGUUAUGCAUUUCAAAGGGAGGUACGCUUACCCGACUAAUCAAACUUCUGUUUUGCCUAUUUCAGUACAACAUUGUCUUACUUUUGAUAUGGGUUUUGAUUUUAGGACUUUUACAGUUACCCCUUGUUGAAAAUAUUACUUUGAUUGGACUGAAGGUUUUACGAUAUUUUACGCUAACUCCCAUCUGUUCUCUAGUUCGGAAAGAUAUGGCUUACUAUGCCAAUAAUGUCUAUCUUCCUUUAGCUGUAUUGGCUACUGUGAAUCUGAUUGCUUUUGGAGUAAGGAAGAUAUUUAAAAGAUCAGACGACACUGAUGAAGUCGAAGAAGAAUCUGAUUGGUGGAAUUUUUCCAACCUCCGAACCCUGAACUAUUACAAUGGAUGGGAAAUGAUGCGACUAAGACCGUUCGAUCAAAUAUUCAACCCAUCCUUUGGUGUACCUGGCAGUAAUGAUGAUGUGUACCAUUCAACCGUUACGGUCAAUUCGAACGAAUAUAUUAAGUUUUUGCCAGUUUGGGUGCACAGGGAACAAGAUUGUGUUUGUCAGUGUGGGAGUAAUCUACAGGGUGAAGGAGAUGAUAACAGUGAAAAGGAAAAACAAAAAUUGCCGACAGACUCGGAUCAGAAUGGCGACACAUUGUCUCAAAGAUUGUCCCCAAACUUAAAUGAUGAACUAGCAUCCUCUUGUUUAGAUGCGAAUUACAGGUGCGAAUGCCAAUGUGGUUAUUCUGGGAUCAACGAAAAUCCGGAGGAAAGGUUAUCCAGAGAACUAACCACACAGAACCCAGACUCUGGGUGGCUUGACUCCACAAAUUUAGGGCAAACUGCGGAAAAUCCAUGGAACGGUCAACACAGUCCCAAAAACCCUUCGAAAAGGAUGAAAAGUUUGAAUCAUCUCCAGAGCAAGCCGAUGGGCUACCUGGAAGACAGCCAAUGUGUGAUCUGCCUGGACCAGUACAGGAACUUUGUGUUGUUACGAGGACUUCCCUGCAAGCAUGUGUUUCACGAUCGAUGUAUUCUUGCGUGGCUACUGCGGGACAAUCACUUCUGCCCAACAUGUCGUUGGCCUGCCUUUCAAUUGAAGGACGGGGCAAAUGGUAGUGGUUUACACAAUGAAUGAUCUUCAGGCUUCAAAAUAAAGAUUCUAUCAAGUCAAGACCUUUUAUCUCAUAAAAUCGUCUCCUUUCUUUGUUGUUCAAAUAGAAGUUUUCAGUAUAUUAAAUUAUUUUUUUUAAUUUACAUCCAAGAUAUGUGUUUUUAUAACAACUUAACAAAGCCAAAAUUAAGUUUUAUAACAGGGCAUUUCAAACUUCAUUCAACCUUUAAUUAUGUUCAAGAUUAUAUAUUACACUAGUUAUAAUUGACACUGACCCUUAUAAUUAAACGGAAAACAUUAUUUUGAAAUUUAAAAAGAAUAAAAUUUUAUUUUUCAUGUGAUAAAAAUGAAUCUUACAUUUGUCUGUUAAUAAAAACUUGUUAUGUUUUAAAGCUAGCCAAAGGCUCACUUUUUCUUAACUUAUUUCAUAUGUUUUGUAUUAAAUUGCAACUCAUGUAUAUAUCUAAUAUGUACAGUACAAACUUGCUUAAUUUAAAUUCAUUAUUUGAAUUCCAAGUUGGAAAAAAAAAUAAAGAAAAAUCAUUGAUGAAGGUAGUAUAAAUAACUGUGUAUUAUGAAAAUUUAAAAAAUGACUUAAAGAACAGCAAUGUUGCCUUUCUGAAUAAGGAAAGGUUUCACAUAAAAAAAAGAGAUUGUGAAUACGAGUUCAAUAUAAUUAUGAUUAAUCAUGGGGUAUUUUGUAAACAAAAGUUACAUCGUUCUUGCAUGCACACACCAAGCUCAAAAAAUGAAAAGCAAAAGGUUUUUAAUGUCAUAAAACAUAUUAAAGCAAUACAACCUUUUUCACUUUCAACUCUAAAAGAGCAAGUAACUUUUGUUGGUGCAUUUUGUGAGAAAGUCAACAUUGCCAUUCUAGAUUAACUGUCAUUUUCUAAUUUUACAUAAUACACUGAUUACUGUACUAAAAAGGUAUGUAUAAUGUAGAAGCACUACAAAGCAUAUUCACCUUACUAAUAAUAUAACUUUAUAUUAAAGCUAUAAAGCUUUCAUUACAUUCAAGUAUUGCCAUAUUCGUUGGCUUCCAGACUGGCCUUGUACGCCUACUGACCCGCAGCUGUUUUUCAUGAUUGACAAUUAUCAGCUGUUAGAACCUUUGAUUAUGUUAUAUUGGGCAGAUUGUUUAGAUCUUGUUCAAGUUAACAACAUUGUUAACAUCAUUGUUGUUAACUUUCAAAUAUUUACUGCCCUUAAAGUUAAUAAUAAGCUUUGGAGACAGCUGUUUAUCAUGUUGUAAAUUAAACAACAUGCUGAACAAUUGACCCUAUGUUAUAGCUGUCAAUCUGUUUUUACGCUUACUUACGAGCAAACAGAUGCUGCAAAUUUAUACUGUGGAUUUAUGAAGGUGAGUUGAAAUUUGAUGAUGUAUAUUUCACUAGUCCUACUUUAAAGAUUUAAUAUAUUAUUGGAAUUAUACUUGGAAUACUAAGAUAUGACAUUUAUUUUACAAAUUUAAUUUAUUUUACAAAUUUAAGAUUUAAUUAGAACUGUGAUUGAGUUUCAUUGAUUUGUAUUAUUUCUUUACAAUAAAGUGCUGGGUUUUUGACUAUGAUUGUUAAAGUUUUUAGAAAAUAUUAAUGUUGAUUAUACACCUGUUAUUGCUUUGUUUAAGUCACUUAUACAUAUUAUAUAAUGUCUUACAACUCUCUUAAAUGAUUCACAUAAAUGUAUUUGGGUAUUUCUUUGAAUAAAACGAUGAUAAAACUAAA